AUGCCUGCGCCAAAAUCCGGCUCUCAAGGAACCGCCGGGCGUCCGUCGCUACCCUCUUUAUCGCUCUCCUCCACCACCCCUUCCUCGGCCAUCUCUACUCCAGCGGCCACUCCCAACCCCCUCUCGGCCACCUCCUCCUCCUUCGCCCAAGCCUCUAAGAGCCGGAAUGCUCGUCAUACCCGAGCCACUUCCUGGACAUCCGGUCACGAUCAAGGCGGCGAACCCGACCCCGCGGACUUUACCUCUUCUCAACAACGUCGUCGCCGAGAAUCCAACAUCUCGUUAGCUGACGUCUCUGAGGGCUCUUCCGGCCGCUACGACGACGAUUACGACGAUAAUCGCUCUCACUCCAACAUGGCCGUGAGGAACACUUCCUUCGACUGGGGUCCUGGACACGCUCGCAGUCGCUCCCAUUCCUACAGCCAGCCACAAAUGUCUCUCCUACAACCUCAAGAACUGGCCGACUCGUCGGCUCCCCGGCCUCGUCCAGCACCGGUUACAUGGAUGUCCCUUCCGCGCAAAGGGCAGUUGGCCCUGUUGGGUCUCUGUCGUGUCUUCGACUUCCUCCAGAUUGCCUCCCUGCAGGCAUACAUGUUCUACCAACUGAAAUCCUUCGAUGAGAACCUCUCCGACGCCGAUGUCUCCACCCAGGCCGGUAUCCUCCAGGGUGCCUUUACCGCCGCGCAGUUUGCAACAGCUAUCCCUUGGGGCCGUGUCGCCGAUGCAGAAUGGGGUGGUCGGAAGUUUGUUUUGCUGGUUGGUCUUAUUGGUACCGCGCUGUCCUGUCUGGGUGUUGCCUUUUCGACGUCGUUCGCGCAGGCCGUGUUCUGGCGUUCGUUUGGCGGUGCUAUCAACGGAACAGUGGGUAUUAUUCGGACCAUGAUCGCGGAGAAUGUCAAGGAGAAGAAAUACCACUCGCGCGCGUUCCUGAUCCUGCCUAUCGGGUUCAACGUCGCCGCGCUGUUCGGACCUGUGAUGGGUGGUAUGCUGGCUGAUCCGGUCAAGGCGUAUCCUCGACUCUUCGGUCCUGAUUCUUCUUUCGGCGGCGCCGACGGUGUGCAAUGGCUCGUUCGCUACCCGUAUGCGCUGCCCAUGCUGGCGAAUUGCAUUUUCCUGACAUUUGCUGCGGUCUGUGUCGCCAUCGGUCUUGAAGAGACUCUGGAAGCUUGCAAGGGCAAGCCUGGUCUGGGCGUGUUCUCGAUGCGCAUCUUCGCUCGCGGCAUCCGGGCAGUCGUUCCCUCGAACUCUCCGCUGUACCAGAGACUGCCGUUCGCGGACUACGACGAGGCUGGUCCUCUGCUGAACCGCAGAGACCCGGCCGAAAGUUACGAGAUGGAAGAGAAGGCGACCAAGGCAAGCCGUCAGGCUCGCACCUUGCCUUUCCGUCGGAUCUGGACCAAGAACGUGCUGUGCACGCUGUUGGCGCAGGCCUUCUUCGACUUUCAGAUGGGUGCUUUCAACAACCUCUGGCUGCUUUUCCUCUCUACCCCGCGUUAUGAUGCCAACGACCCGGCCAGUCCGGUGCAGAGACUGCCCUUCAUCUUCACUGGCGGUCUGGGCAUGCUGCCGCAAAGUGUUGGUUUCGCUACCGCCAUUCUCGGUGUGAUUGGCAUGCUUCUCCAGUUCACCAUUUACCCCAGCAUCAACAACCGUUUGGGCACGGCCAAGAGUUACCAGUACUUCUUGACCCUCUUCCCUCUGGCGUACGCAUUCGCGCCAUACAUUGCUCUUGCUCCGUCAUCCGCACCUCCGCCGGGCCAGGCCAACGGCGGAUGGGUGUGGUUCUCCAUCAUUGUGGUCUUGUUCCUGCAAGUGACCGCACGAACCUUUACUCUUCCCACCUCUAUCAUUCUCCUGAACAACUGCUCUCCGCACCCGUCCGUGCUCGGCACCAUCCACGGCAUCGGCCAGUCCGUGUCCUCGGCGUUCCGUACCAUUGGACCGAUCUUUUCCGGAUCGUGGUACGGCUACGGUCUGGAGAUGGGCAUGGUCGGGUUCGCGUGGUGGCUGAUUGCAUUGGUGUCGGUGUUCGGCUGCGUCGCAGCCAUCUUUGUCUACGAAGGUUCCGGACAUGAAGUCUUCCUCCCCGGUGAGGAAGAAGAGCGGGACUAA